UGAGUAGGCUAUAACGGUGACGUUUAUCGCAAUCGAUGUGGCAGGGAAAUUUGUUUCAAUGCAUCUCACAUCGAUUUAGUGUUCUUUGGCAUAGUUUAGACUGUAAAACCCUUAUUUUGGUUUAGUUUAACAGAUGCAUCUGCAAUAUAUCUCAGUUUGACCAUUAGAAUUACCAACAAUGAAGAAGUAUAUGGCAUUGAUGGGUGCUGCCAUGUUCGGGGUAGUCUGUUUCUCCUUGUAUUUGAUGAUGGAAAGUGCCAGCAUGAAUCAAUCAAGAUACACAGAUCUAGGAAAGGAUGAAGUAGAUGUAAUUGAUUCUAAAAUUCACCAGAUUGAAGCAGAUCUGCAGAAAAACCACAAGUCAAUUGAUGUAAUAAAGGAAGUGGUAGGACAGCUGGCGCAAGGAGAUAGUAGAGCUCUAGAAAAACUAAAGAAUGCCCUUGAUAUCGAAGUCCAUGGGGAUGCACCAGUGCCUUCUAGGAUAAAACCAAACAUCACAGCAAUCUCCAGAAAUGUGGUCCGAGUUCCAGAAGGGAUGUGCAGUUUUGCAGAAACACCACCAGCUGGCACUGAUGUACAGAUGUUGAAUGUGUUUGAUCAUAUCCCCUUUGAUAAUCCAAAUGGAGGUGUGUGGAAGCAGGGGUUCCCUAUCUCCUACGAUGUCAGCACCUGGCAAGAUAAGCCACUCAAAGUCAUCCUUGUACCACACUCUCACUGUGAUCCAGGUUGGAUCAAAACAUUUGAAGCUUAUUACCGUGACCAAGUUAGGCAUAUCCUGAACAACAUGGUGACCAAACUUGAAGCCGACUCAUCAAGAAAAUUCAUGUAUGCAGAAAUUUCAUUUUUCUCAAGAUGGUGGCAAGAACUGGAUGAAAGUAUGAAGGGCAGAGUAAGACGCUUGGUGAAGAGUGGUCAGUUUGAGAUAGUGACCGGUGGCUGGGUAAUGAAUGAUGAGGCGGUCUCACACUACUCGGCCAUGAUUGACCAGAUGAUAGAGGGUCACCAGUGGCUGGAACAUGAACUAGGGGUAAAACCCAAGUCUGGCUGGGCCAUUGACCCAUUUGGCCAUUCUCCAACUAUGGCGUAUUUCUUGAAGAGGAUGGGCUUGAAGAAUAUGUUGAUUCAAAGGGUGCAUUAUUCAGUUAAGAAAUACCUAGCUCAGACCAAAAAUCUUGAGUUUCUAUGGAGACAGAAUUGGGACCAUGAUGGAAGCACAGAUAUGUUCUGCCAUAUGAUGCCAUUCUACAGUUACGAUGUCCCCCACACUUGUGGUCCCGACCCCAAGAUCUGCUGUCAGUAUGACUUCAAACGUCUUCCAGGGGGCAGGGUAACCUGUCCAUGGAGAGUGCCUCCAGUACCCAUUACAAAUAAUAAUGUGGCACAGAAAGCUGAGAUACUACUAGACCAGUACAGAAAGAAGGCUUCUUUGUACAGAAAUAAUGUAGUCCUAGUUAUACUGGGAGAUGACUUCCGCUAUGACAAGCCAGAAGAGUGGGAAAACCAGUUUGGAAAUUACAAGAAACUUUUUGACUACAUGAAUGCCAAACCAGAUUGGCAUGUGCAGGCUCAGUUUGGGACCCUCUCUGAUUAUUUUGAUGCUUUGCGAGAGAGGGCAGGCACAGAAGCAGACGACACUCCCACUGGCUACCCCCGGUUGGCUGGAGACUUCUUCACCUAUGCUGACCGUGAUGACCAUUACUGGAGUGGCUAUUUUACUUCUAGACCAUUCUAUAAACAUUUAGAUAGAGUAGCAGAGUCUAAUUUGAGGAAAGCAGAAGUUUUAUACAGUCUGGCCACUGCCCUAUCCAGAAAACAAGCUUCAUCAACAUUCCCUGCCAGUGCUAUGUUGGAGAAAAUUAUAGUUGCAAGGAGAAGUCUUGCCUUAUUUCAACAUCAUGACGCCAUAACUGGAACAGGAAAAGACCAUGUUGUUAUCGAUUAUGCUAAUAUGAUACUUAAUGGCAUGCAGAACUGUAAGACUGUGAUCAGUGUGUGUGCUCACUACCUGCUGGCAAAAGACAAGAGUCAAUAUGCGCAUGAUCCUUCAACUCUAUAUUUUGAUGUGGAUGAGCAAAGAGUUGCACAAGAUUCUCUUCCCCAGAAGACAGUUAUCAAAUUAUUACCAGAACCAAGGACUGUGAUAUUGUAUAAUUCCCUCUCACAAGAGAGAUCAGACAUCGUCAGGCUGUAUGUAUCUGAACCCUUUGUAGAAGUCAAAGACCCUCUUGGAAAUGUUGUUCAGACUCAGACAGACCUCUUUUGGAUGAACAAUGAAGAGUCUUCUUCUGACAUUUAUAAGGUUUCAUUUGUUGCUCAAGUACCUGCUCUUGGUCUCAGUAAAUAUACUAUCCGUAAAGUACAAGAAGGAACCAAUCCAUCUGCUACAUUUCCAGUUAUUGUGAUGUAUAAUGCUCAAAGUACCACUUCAAUUACUAGGGGACCAUUUAAGAUUUUUAGAAAGAUAACUGAAGAGUUUUCUAUUGAAAAUUCAGAUAUGAAAGUGCAGUUUUCAAAUGGGGGAAUGAUCAAGUCUAUAACCACAGUCAAAGAUGGCCAAGUUAACCAAGUCCAGGUGCAGUUUGUAAAGUAUGGGACCAUUAAUGCUAAAGAGAAGAGUGGGGCUUACCUGUUCCUGCCAAAUGGACCUGCUCAGAAUAUAGAUGUAGGAAACCCAUUCAUCCGGGUUGUACAAGGUGCCCUGAUGUCUGAGGUCCAUGUAUUCAUCCCCCAUGUAGAACACACUGUGAGGGUUUGUAACUCUCCAGGCACCAGUGGAUCAUCUGUAGGCAUACACAAUAUAGUUGACAUCCGUGGGGAGUCCAAUUAUGAAAUAGCUAUGAGGCUAAUGACUGAUAUCCAAAAUAGUGAUGGCCAGUUCUUCACUGAUCUCAAUGGAUUUCAGAUGCAAAAGAGGAAAAUGCAAAGGAAACUACCUCUGCAAGCCAACUUUUAUCCUAUCUCAACCAUGGCUUAUAUUCAGGAUGGACAGUCUCGGUUCAGUGUCAUGACUGCACAGAGUUUGGGAGGCUCUUCUCUCAAAACUGGCUGGUUGGAGGUUGUACUGGACAGACGUCUAAUGCAAGAUGAUAACCGGGGGCUGAUGCAAGGAGUGAAGGACAACAAAAGAACUGAUUAUCAGUUCAGGAUAUUAUUGGAAAGGAAGCUAAGUGACGCCAAGCCCCUUCCAACACAGCCAAUGGGGUAUCCGUCUCUACUGGGGCAGAUGUCCUCCUUGGAUUUGUUGCAUCCCAUGCACAUCAUUCCUCAGUCACAGCACGUCACAACACUUACACCACUGGAGCCACAGUAUUCGGCCCUCACUGCUGAUUUACCAUGUGAACUUCACUUUCUAAACCUCAGGACUCUACAGAUAGCUGAGGGGGAUUUCACACCAUCUCAAACAGCAGCAUUACUUGUUCAUAGAUUUGCAUUUGAUUGUUCUUAUCCAGCAUAUGGAUUCAAGUGCAGUAUAUCAGGUGGACAGUUUACACUUGAGGGCAUGCUGAAGUCCCCAAGGAUAACCAAGGCAACUUCCACCUCACUUUCAUUGAUGUAUGACAGUCAUAAUGUGGAUCUCACUACAGCCGUACAAAUCCACCCCAUGGAAAUAAAUGCAUACAAAGUUCACUUGAGCUGAGUUUGUGGAGAUGGAGUUGACCCUGAGCUUAAGAUUCAGAUGGGCGAUCUUCACGACUGUCAGUGAACUGUUGGGCAUUUAUGUGGAAAAUUUGAUGUGCGUGGGAUCUGAAGCUCAGGGUAAAAUAGUCAUAUUAGAGAUGGAUUUUGAAUGCCCUUUUUCAUGAUGACAAUUGGAUGUUUUAAUGUCCAUGUUUCAGCACUGGAAGCCAAGAACAGCAUUCAAGAUUUGACUUGGAAGAUUCUCAGCUUGGAUGCCUGAAACUGAUUAUAGAAAAUGAUAAUUGUUUUGUAUUAAAUUAUUUAUGUGACAAAAGUUUUAAGUGCAGUGGCAUUUAGUUUUGUAUCAUAAAAUGUUAAUUUAUCUAAUUUCGGAAUCCUUAAGUGUCUGUAGAGUGUUUGGUGGACCAGAAACUAAAAAGAUUUUAAUAAUUAUUUUAGAAUUUAAAAUUGCACUUAUUGCAUGGUAUUAGGCUGACAAGAAAUGAGAGAUAAGUAAUUAUAGUUAUCCUUUACGAAUAGUUAUCCUUUAUUACAGUCAUUCGCAUUGGUACUGUACUAUCAGUAAUGGUGCUGACACCAAGGCAUACCUUUAAUGUUUACCAUGCAUAGUGCAUUUAAGAAAAAGUUAGGAACAUAUCUAUGCUCUAGAAUGACUGGAUCUGUUUUGAAAACUAGUCUGUUUGUGGAUAUCUUUACAAAAUGAGAAGAAAGCAGAUGUUGUUCGGUAUUAGUAUGAACUUAUUUUAUAAGGGGUUUUGGAUUGGGGAGGGGAGGGGGGGGGAAGAGGAGUUACAGUUAUAUCAGACAAGAUAAUAGCUGGUGAUUAUACCUGUUCUACAUAGGAUUUUUUGCCCAUAAGGGAUAAACCUAAUAAUUAAUGACACAUAUUAUGGAAAUAUUGGUAUUUCAUUUGCCUUGGUUAUUUAUCCCAUUUUACUUGUGUCUUAUGGUAACCAUUUGAAAAGUAUGUGCCAGAUGUUACUCUUAGUUUAUGAGUACGAAAUUGACCACCAAGCUUUCUUUGGGUGAUAUAUUGCCAAUUUUAUUUUUGGUUAAUAAAAGUGUCCAAGCAUGUGUAAUGCAAUAAUACAUUCCAUCAAUGUAAAUACAGCGCCAUCAGUAAUGGUACUGACACACACAUAUAUAUAUAUACUGUGAUCUCUGAUGCAAUAUUACCAUGUUAUACCCAGUUAGAUAUUUUCAGGCUCAAAGUCAACUGUAGGCCUGUUUAACAAAAAGAAGAGUCAGUUUUUGGGCCAAGAUCUCGGCCUACUAAAUUGUAAUUGCAGAAGUUGUAAUUCUAAAGGGCCACUUACCUUGUUUUUUGGUCUUUUAAUGAAGGACCUACAGCAAAUUGUGAUUGUAUUGACUAUCAGUGGUGACAUUAGUCCAUUUAGACAUGUCAAAUACAUUUAUUGUGGACCAAUUAUUUCUAAAACCUUUUAGGCCAAGGAAACAAAGUCAACUUUGCAUUGUCAGCUGCCCCAUUUUAGUGACUAAGCUGAGCCCUGGAACUUGCCCUUGGCGAAAAUUAAAUAUAUAUACAAUUAAAGUGAUACAGGCUUGCAUUGGAAAUUAUUAUUUUAUGAAAAAACAAGUACCAGCCCAAGUCAUAUUUUCUUAAUUUAAUCAACAAUAUGUGGAUGAUGUGAAAUUUAUUGGCUUAAGUCAGUAAUUUAAAUACAUUUAAAAAAUGGGAGCCCAGUUAGACGCACUAAGAAUUGGGUUCUUGACAGUAUUGAGGAUGUAUAAAUAUGCAAUUUAUGUAUUUUGUUGUGGACAGAUGAUUUUUAAAUGUCAGUGAAGUCUAGUCAGCAUUUCUUUUGCUUGAAUUACCAUCAUUAGACAGCUUGAGCUGUUUAUCAAAAUAUUGCUUUUUUUUAUUAGUAUUAUUAUGCCCCCAUGGGAGUACGGAGGUUCAAUGUCAGAUGUGUAUCUUUUACAGAGAAUUAAAAUUCAAAAUGAUAUUCUGUAACAGUCCAUUCUUUCUAUCAUUAUUGUGUAAGUGUUUGUGGAUUCAACUUGUGUUUUCACUGAAUAAUGAAGUGUAACAUAAAACUUGCAAGGGGUCACAGUUGGGCCAAAUUUAAUGGAGGUGGAGGCAAGAUUAGAUAGAUUUGUAAUCAACAUUAACACCAGUUUUGUUUAACUGGUGCAGACUUGAGAAAGAAAGGACAAGGUGCCUCCUGGAUAUGCAAAAGACGUAACCUUGUCGGAAUAUCUUGUACCAUUUAGACUUUUUAUAGGUUUUGUCAUUGCAUUUGUAUAUAAACCAUGCCAUUUUAUCAGAAUUUUAAUAAUUUAUAGAGAAAAAUAUUGGAAAACAUCACUGACAUCAGUCCAUUCAUAGCAGCGUGCCAAUGAUGUAUGAUGCAAAUUUGAUUGGGAGAGGGGAACUUUCAUUAUAUUCAAUUGUAUGUUAAUUAUGAUAUUGUGAAAAAUACUGGAUAGAUAUUUAUUUAAAGCUUGGUCCAGAUAAAAAACUUGCAGAGCAAGAAAUUUUGCAUUUAUAUGACAAUUCUAUUGUGGUAAAAUGUGAACUGUUAAGAGUGGAUGUUUUUUGUCACCUUUUAUUAACAACUCCAUUGUAGUUCACAGAAGCAACCCUAUUUAAGGCAAAAAUAAAAGUACACUAUUUCAAAUGAAAAGGAAACUGGGGCAACAAGCCCCAAGUUGACUAGUGAAGGUUUUAUGAAAGAGGGCAGUGACAUAUUCCACCUUAUUUAAACAACUCGUGAUACAUUUUUAAAUUUCAAUAAAAUUGUC